AUGUACACCUUGUUCUUGUGCCUCAUUGUCAUAUGGUCCGGUCCAACCGUCCAAGCCAAGGCGCCACCACCACCGGUCCAGUGCAACCGAACUGGCUGCACCCUCUCCAACUCCUACGGAGCCUGGGGAUCAGACCGGAACGGCUGCCACGUCACCAAUGUCACAUACCCGGAAACCGAAGAGGAGCUCCGUCUAGCCGUGGCCUAUGCAAACCAACACCAGCUCAAGGUCAAAGUGGUGUCCAAAUUUUCACACACCAUACCAAAACUGGCAUGUCCCGGUUCAAAUUCGGAGGGCGCAAAUUUUCUCAUUAGUACCGAAAAUUACGACUCCGGGAUUGAGAUGGAUGGCGUGAAUUUGGUCGUGACGGCGGAGGCGGGGGUGACGCUGAGGCGGCUGAUCGAUGAAGUGGAAGGAGUGGGGCUGAGUUUGGUGGCUGCGCCCUAUUGGGAAGGUGUUAGUAUUGGGGGAGCUAUAAGUACGGGGGCACAUGGGAGUUCGUGGUGGGGAAAAGGUGGGGCCGUGCACGAUCAUGUUGUUGGGAUUAGUCUUGUUGUUCCGGCCAAAGCGUCUGAAGGGUAUGCCAAGAUUUUGCGGUUAGAAGCCAAAGAUCCACUGCUUAAUGCUGCCAAAGUUUCGUUAGGCUUGUUGGGUGUUAUCUCUAAGGUAAAGUUUUCUCUAGAGAGAGGGUUCAAAAGAAGCAUAACAUAUAACUUCACAGAAGAAGCUGGAUUUGAGGACACAUUCAUAGAGCACGCAAAGAGACAUGAAUUUGCAGAUAUAACAUGGUAUCCGUCAAGAAAUGUGGCCGUCUACAGAUAUGACGACAGAGUUCCUAUAAACGCCUCCGGCGACGGCACUUUCGAUUUCCUUGGUUUCCAACCCAAUUCCAUUCUCAUCUCCCAGACAAUUAGAGCUACAGAGAAAGCACUAGAAAGUUCCAGAAACUCAAAAGGAAAAUGCGCGCUAGCCGGCGCAGUCGUGGGGGUGAAGAAACUAGUCGCCAAUGGACUAAAGAACAACGGCCAAAUCUUCACAGGCUAUCCGGUGAUCGGUCGUCAGGGCAAAAUGCAAACCUCAGGCUCUUGUCUCUACUCAACCGCAAUCGACACAACAUGCGCGUGGGACCCAACAAUCAAAGGCCUCUUCUUCUUCGAAACGACGGCGAUCUUCGCCGCUUCGAGUUUCGCAGACUUCAUUCGCCACGUGAAGCGGCUGAGAGACCUGAACCCGGACAACUUUUGUGGGGUCGACAUGUACAACGGGUUCCUGAUACGUUUCAUUAGGGCUUCGCAGGCUUAUCUAGGUCAAGAUGAGGACUCGGUGGCCGUUGAUUUUAAUUACUUCCGAGCUGAUCAGCCGUUGACUCCGAGGGUUAACCAAGACGUGUGGGAAGAAGUUGAGCAAAUGGCUUUUUUCAAGUAUGGGGCUAGGCCACAUUGGGGUAAGAACAGGAAUUUGGCGUUUUUGGGGGUGCCUAAAAAGUAUAAAAAUUUUGGUAACUUUGUUGAAGUUAAGAGAGUUUUGGACCCUCAAAAUAUGUUCUCGAGUGAGUGGUCUGAUGAGGUGUUGUUUGGGAAGGAAUUGGGUGAAAAAGGUGAUGGGUGUGCUUUGGAGGGACAGUGUGUUUGUUCUGAGGAUAGACAUUGUAGUCCGGAGAAAGGGUAUUUCUGCAAACAAGGACUUGUUUAUAAGGAGGCUAGAGUUUGUAGGUAUUUGCAAUCCUCUGUAUCAUAAUAUAUAUGUAAAUAUAUGAUUGUGUGUGUGUAACGUUAAGAUUCUUUGGUCUAAUG